GGUUCUAUCUAUGCCAAUCUUAGGAAUUUAGAAAUCCCGGCAUAGACUAGAACACCGUCUGGCGGACUCGGAUAGAAAUAAAAAUGACAAUUUACGUUCGAUUAGGUUAUUAACUUCAGCAGAUACAAAAUAGGAUCGAGAGGCGAUUCUUCCUCUUAACCCAUUCGGACAUUAAUUACCAUUUGGAUUAAACCGGAAGUGAACAAUGCCUUUCGUAUCUUCAAGAACGGAAGAGAGAACGAAAAAGCUCCUCCUCCUUUCUUGAAGGGGGAGGAGGAGCGCCGACAACCGGAAGAAACAGAAUUAAGAAAAGACGAACUUUAUCUCGGCGGGGUCCGAAGAUCGAGGUCGAGUCGUCGAUAAUCGUACUCGUCGCUUCCAAGUAGUCCGUAACACCAGGCAAACGUCGUUUCGAAGUGCAAAUGAACAAAGUUGCCAUAUUUUUAUUUCUGUCGGCGGCGAAAGUCUUCAUCUUCUUCUUGGAUUUACUAACUCUUCCUCUUUAUCUUGUUGUACAAAAGCCUUGGAGAAAUUGGACGUGGAAACGACAACAGAAAUGGGCGGCCAUUGUGGACGAACGAAACCCUAGAAGCGCUUACAGGGGGCUAGAUACAUCCGAAAGCUUGCAUACUGAACUCUGUACUCUGGAUGAACUGUUUCGAAAGUGUGUGGAGAAUCACGGGGAUAAAAAGAUGUUAGGAAGUCGAGAGAUAUUGAACGUGGAGAGGACCAAACGAGAAGACGGAAAGAUCUUUAAAAAGAUGAUCCUGGGUGAUUACAAGUGGCUGACUCUGAGGGAAGCCGAUCGCAGAGUGAACGAUCUAGCCUUGGGUUUGAGGAAAAUUGGUCUGAAUCCCGGCGACAGAGUGGUGAUCUUGGCAGAAACCAGGAUAGAAUGGUUGCUAAUUUCUCACGCCUGCUUCCGAACUGGAAUCGUGGUGGCCACCUGUUAUACCAAUCUGGGAGAAGAAGGACUAACGUACGGAAUUAAUCAAGUCGAAUCUCCUUAUUUGAUCACUUACGCCGAACUUCUUCCUACCGUUAAGAAAAUCUUGCCCAAACUUCCAUCUGUUAAAUGCAUUGUUUACUUUGAGGAUUUUGGCGUUCGGGUUUCGGACGAUAUUCCGGAUGUAAAACUUUACAGUUACUCACAAGUAGAAUCUAUGGGACGUGACUGCGGUAAGUAACGCUUAGAACAUCGCCCUGAACUAUUAGUUUUCUCAUUUACACGUUCAUGUAUAACGGACAAGCAGCGCCGUGACUAGACUUUUAUGCUCCCGGUGCGAGCUUCUGUAACUAUGACCCAAAACUUGGUGCAGGUCAUUUCUGCUCCCUGUGCCUGGACACCGCUGGCACCGCCCUAGUUACGGCACUGCGUACAGGGGCGCCUGUUCAGAUAUAUUUGAACAGGCAUAACACAAUGAUCGGAACCAUUUAAGUUACUGUUCAAACACCGCCCAUUGUUUUACA